GGGAGAGAAACGGACUGUAGCCAAAGUGGCUAGCUAGCACAAAAAAAGAGGAAGAGAGAAAUGGGGCUGUCAUGAAACUUUAAGGAAUGUUUCUCUCAUCAAACGGGCAAAUACAGCUGAGGAAAAAACAGCCUCGGCUCUUCACGUGCAUGAGAUGAUGACAGACCACGAGCAGUGGGUGUUUAUGUAGUUAAGUAGCUCUUGUUCGUGCGAGGGAGCUGUUACUGGAUUAGCUUAGCAGCUAGCAGUCUAUUAUUAGCACGGUAAUGCUAAAUGCAACCCUCGUCGUCAGACACGUUCGACCCAGAUCCAUCUUUCUGAAGCAGGAAAGGGGGAUUAAACUCUAUUUAAAGUGAUGAUGAAGGCUUUGGCGUUCACAUGAUUGACAUUUCCCAGUCACAUGGCCAGACUCAGUUAGCAUCCUUUGGUCAGCAGAUAGGACCGUCCCAUGCCCUCACCUGACUGGGUGUACAAGGAUGAAGAAGAUCAGUCUGAAGACGAUCAGAAAGUCACUUAACAUAAAGGACAAAGAAGAUGGGGAUUUCGUCAUGCUCCAGCAGCCAUCAUUAGCGGCCGAGUUCACCAAGGAUGACUCUCUCUUCGGAGGCUGUUACACCAAAGGGCUGGUAGGUUGCGAUCUUAAUGGGGAGGAUGAGAAGGGUCAUAAGAACCGAUCGAAGAGCGAAAGUCUUAUGGGCACUCUAAAGAGGAGACUGUCUACCAAACAGAAAGCGAAAGUCAAAGGAGGCUCCACCACGGUGGGCUCUGGAGAUGAUGACGACACCUUCUCUUCCUCGUCGGUCCCGAUAAGCUUUAAUGAAGUCAAAGCCCAGCGGCCCUUAAGAUCCUCGUCCCUCCGAAGCCAUCAUUACAGCCCUUCUCCGUGGCCUUUCCGGCCAGUCGUCUCUGAAGAGGCUUGCAUCAAGAUGGAGGUGAAAGUCAAAGCUAUGGUCCACUCCCCCAAUCCCAGUCCCUCCCUCAAUGGCAUCAGAAAGGAGUUCCAUGACAUCCAAUUAGAAGGUUUGUUCCAGGAUCAGAGCGAGUCUCUGAAGGACAUGGAUACUCAGAGUGGCAACUUGCAUUUGAACAUUGAGGAUCACGUGCCUAUUGGACUCACACCUCAGGACUACAUCCAGUACACAAUGCCUUUAGAUGAGGGAAUGUACCCAGAUUCGUCCCAGUCCUUCUGCUUGGAUGGUCCCUCGCCAAUGGAAGUGGUCGAUCAGGUCGAAUCUAGCUCGUCGCACGUGGAUCAGGGCCCGAAUGACCAUGAUCUCAUGCCAUCGGACAUUCUCAUGGAGCAGGCGGUGAACGGACACCAUCCUGGUACUCCGGCGAUGGUCCUUUCCAACUCCAGAGCCGACACACCUUUAUUUUCUCCCUCCCUGUCACCUCUUUCCAACAACAAUAUUCCAAUGACCCUCUCCGGGUUCAGUGGUGCAGACUCUCAUGUUGUCGAGAGAGUGAGGCACCACCUGAACUUUGACCCCAAUUCCGCUCCCGGUGUUAGCAGGGUGUACGAUUCUUUCCAAAGCAGCGGACCCAUGGUUGUAACAAGCCUUACGGAGGAACUUAAAAAGCUGGCCAAGCAGGGUUGGUACUGGGGACCUAUAACUCGAUGGGAGGCUGAGGAGAAGCUUAUCAACCUUCCAGGCGGCUCUUUUUUGGUGAGGGACAGUUCAGACGAUCGCUAUCUCCUCAGCCUGAGCUUUCGGUCACAGGGAAAGACGCUUCACACCAGGAUCGAACAUUCGAAUGGCAGAUUCAGCUUUUACGAGCAGCCAGACAUAGAAGGUCACACUUCCAUCGUAGAUCUCAUCGAGCACUCUAUAAAAGACUCUGAAAACGGCGCGUUCUGUUACUCCAGAUCCCGUCUGCCGGGGUCUGCCACGUACCCCGUUCGCUUGAUCAAUUCCGUCUCUCGGUUCAUGCAAGUACGUUCCCUGCAAUAUCUUUGCCGCUUUGUCAUCCGACAGUACACGCGGAUAGAUUUGAUUCAGAAACUGCCUUUACCAAACAAAAUGAAAGAUUAUUUGCAGGAGAAGCACUACUGAAUGGACUUUAGUGGGAUA